AUGAGUAAAGUUUACGAUCGAGUGGAGUGGGAUUUUGUUGAUGCAAUAUUGUUUAAGAAGGGCUUUCCUGUUCGUUUCCGACAGAUAAUUAGGAACUGCAUCUCCUCUGUUAACUUUUCUUUUAAAAUCAACGGCCAGAUUGUGGGAAAAGUUACACUGUCUCGCGGGUUACGCCAUGGGUGUUCUUUAUCACCAUACUUGUUUAUCCUCUGUGCGGAGAGGCUCUCGGCUACUUUGAAAAAAGCAGAAACAAAUGGAAAUUUGGAGGGGCUGAAAUGUAGCAGGAACUGUCCACCAAUAUCCCAUCUUCUAUUUGUGGACGACUCCAUUGUUUUCUCAAAGGCAACUUCGGUAGAGGCUGCUUCAAUUGUAAACAUACUAAAUCUCUACGAAUGCGCUUCUGGACAACAAGUAAAUCUGGAGAAAACAACCAUAUCUUUCAGUCCAAAUACACCUCAAGCUCUUCGCCAGACCAUUUGGUCGAUUUUUGGAAUUCAUUCACCAACUUCCAUUGGAACAUACUUCGGAUUACCUUCGAUGUUUGAAAGGGAUAAAAAGCAAUCUUUCGCCUUGAUUCGAGAAAAGAUCUGGAAGCGCCUUCAUACAUGGAAUCGUAAUUUGUUCUCAUCAGCGGGGCGCAAAAUUCUUAUUAAAGUUGUGGUGCAAGCUAUCCCCACUUAUUUUAUGAGUCUAUUCAGUCGAGGGAGAAAAGGGCCCAAGGGGAUCGACUCUGAGGCAACGUCUGGACCAAACUUGCUCAGCCCGAGGAGGCCCGACAGGAGGCCACCAGCGUGGAGAAGACACCAUAACUACGACCAGGAAACCAGAAAUGGCCCGAAUGAGACAGAGAAUGCAGGACAAGACUGCAGCACAAAAUUCGACUCAAGAGAGGGUUACUCGGCUCGAGCACCACUGACCCUCUCCUGCUCACGGUCGUGA